UGGGCCCUUACACCUUCCCACUUUCCAUACCUCGUCAAACGGAAGAUUGGGCCCGCGCAUUCCCGAUGUCUCAUUGACUGCCUUUGCCGAUUCGAACGCGUGGCUAUCUUAGAGGAUUUGCCCGUGGCUGUGCUCGUGCUUGCCUUCAGACGCUGCGACUCGCAAAACAAAUCGAUCAAACGGAGUCAGGCCCACUUGUCGCUGUGCCUUCCGGAAGUUACGGAAACAAUAUUUCUUAUGGAAAGCUCGCCUCGGAUGUCUGUUUUUUAGACGCAGUGACAGUAAACACUUACAAAAGCACAGCAAUACUUAGCAACAGCAUUUCCGCCAGCCAUGGCUGCUCCGCCGCGGUCGUUCCUUUCCCCCGCGCCUCCCCUCAUCCCCGCGUCUCCGCCCCCCCCGCCUCUAGCGUAUACCCCUCCGCCCGCGGCUCCCUCCCCCCCUAUCCCGCCCAACUCUGCGCCGCGCCCGCUUUCCGCCCCGCACGCGCUCUCCGCCCUGCCAUAUCCGCUUUCCGCUGCGCCACAUCCGCUGCCUGUCUCCGCGCGCAAACCUGCAGCGAAAUGGGUCCGCCAGUGGGUGGUGCAGGAGACGGUGCUCAACAACGGCAAGUGCAGAGUGCUCAAAUGGGUCAAACAAACCCCUGAGCCCCCUGCGGCCACCACACCAAGAUCCGCCUCGCCCUUCCAGCUGCAGAUGCCGCACCUGCGCGCCUUCCCCCCUCCGCCCUUCCCCCCUGCUGGCUCCGCCCUCCCCUCUUCCGCCACCCCUCCCCCCAACUCGGCUGCUUCCUCACGUGCGCCCGGCUCUAUGCCCGGCCCCUACCCUGCCUUCCCUCACUCUCCUGCUAACGCUGCUCCUCGUGGUGCCACGUGGCAAGGCAUGAGUGGUGCUCCUGGUGCUUCUGGUAUGGGCAUGGGUAUGGGGUACACUGGCAGUGCUGCCUCCCCUGGCUACUACCCCCCUCCACCCCGCCUGUCCAACAUGCCCCAUGUCACCCACAUGCCCAACCUGCCCCACAUGCCCAAUCUCAACCUCCCCCAAAUGCCCAACAUGCCAAAUAUGGCAAACAUUCCCAAUCUGCCCAACCUGCCCAACCUGCCCAACAUGCACAACAUGCCGAAUGUGCCGCCCAUGCCCAAUCUCUCCAACGCCCCUCCCAUGGCUUCCUAUGGCGGCUCCUAUGCGCCCCAGAUGUCUAAUUUUGGGUACGGGCAGGUGAACGGGCAGACUGGGCAGAUGAGCGGGCAGGGGCAGCAGAUGGGACACAUGCAGAUGCAGUUGCAGCAACAGAUGCAGCAACAGAUGCAGCAGCCGGGGCAGAUGGGGGGGCAGAUGGGGGGGCAAAUGGGCAUGGGGGGCCAGCAGCAGCAGAUGGGGGCCCAGCAGCAGCAGAUGGGGGGCCAGCAGCAGCAGAUGGGGCAGAUGGGCAUGGGGGGCCAGCAGCAGCAGAUGGGGCAGAUGGGCAUGGGGGGCCAGCAGCAGCAGAUGGGGGGGCAGCGGCAGCAGAUGUCUCCUGUGCCUGGUGUGACUGCGCCUGGAGGGGCGAUGCAGCAGCAUGCAGGGCAGGGAUGGCAGGGGCAGGGGGGGCAAGGGGGGAGUGCGCCCCCCACCGUGUGGGCCUCCCCCACGCCAGCAUCGGCAGCGCCACCACCACCAGUGCUAGCAGCAAGGACGCCCUCGCCCCUGGCCCCUGUGGCCGCCCCCACGUCCCUGGCGGGCGGCGGACCCACCAUCUUCCGCCUGUCGCUGCCCUCCCCCUCGCACCCGCACCUCUCCCCCUCCAUGCCCCCUCUGGCGGGCCGCAGCGCUGCGCCAGUGGGCGGGCAGCCACUGGGAGGAGCACCACUGCUGACAGCGGGAGGGGGGGUGGCGGCAGCAGGUGGGGGGCCGCCAGCCAUGGGAGGGCCGGCGCCAGCUAUGCAUCCUGACAGCCGCUCACGGUCGCCUGCUGUCGCGCUGGGGCUGGGGCAAGGAGUGGCAGGAGGGGCGGCAUGGCAGGGUAUGGGCGCAGCAGCAGGCGCUGGAGGCCCCCCAGCGGAUGUCACAGGGGCUCCAGUGGCUGCCGCUUCAGGUGCUGCUGGUGCCGGUGCAGGCGGAGUGAGCGCGGUGCAGAGUGGUGCAGGUGGAAUGCAGAGUGGCGGUGUGGCGGCUGUAGCAGGGGCGGGUGCGAUGGAAGAGCCAGCAGCAAGUGGAUCUGGUGCUGCUGCUGGUGGUGGUGGUACUGGUGGUGUGGGGCCCAGUGGUGGAGUGGGAGGAGGGCCGUUUGUGUGCGGUGUGGAUGGGUGCGGAAAGGCGUUUCUGGACGCGGGGGGCCUGAGGAAGCACUCGAACGUGCAUGGGGAGAGGCAGUUCGUGUGCCACUAUGAGGGGUGCGGCAAGCGGUUUGUGGACAGCAGCAAGCUCAAGCGCCACUUCCUCAUUCACACCGGGGAGAAGCGCUUCUUCUGCCCCUACGAGGGGUGCGGGAAGGCCUUCUCUCUGGACUUCAACCGGCGGUCGCACAUGCGCACGCACACGGGCGAGAACUACCACACGUGCCCCAUCCUGGAGUGCGGCAAGCGCUUUGCGCACGAGAACAAGCUGCGCAUGCACCUGGCGUCUGCGCAUGGCGACGGCAAGAACGCACCGCAGCGGUCUGCCCCGCGCGAGUCAUCUGAUGGGUCGCAGGACGAGGGGGAGGGGAGGGAUGAAGGGGAGGGGCAGGGCGAGGGAGACGCGAAGGAGGAGAGGAGGAGGCAGGAGGUGAAGGCGGGAGGCAAGGAGAAGAGUGGGCGAGGGAGGAGGAAGCGAGAGGAAGGUACGGAUGUCGAGUAUGGCAGUGGUGCCGGCGAUUAUGGCACAGCAGCAGCAGCAGCACGCAGAGCCUCCCGUGCUGUUGCAUGUGAAGAGGAGGAAGGGGAAGGCAUGGAAAGGGACAGUGAUUAUAACGAAGGGGAGGAGUUUACUGGGAUGGACGAUCUGGAGGAGUCGGAGCGCGUAUUUGCUUGCGGCGAGGCGGGGUGCAGCAAGCGCUACUUCCACGAGUAUAAGCUCCGCCUGCACCUCAAGCACUUCCACGGGCUGGCCUUAGAGGACGAGGAGGAGGAUGGUGCUGCUGGUGGUGCUAGUGGCCGUGUUGAGGGCGAUGGGGAAGGGGUAGGGAGGGGAAGAGGGAGAGCCGAGUAUGAGGAGGACGAAUAUUAUGGCGUGGAGAAUGCUAGGGGGGAGUAUGGGGGAGGCGGGCAUGAUGAUGAGUAUGGGGAUGAUGAUGGGAAUGUUGACUACUCCAAAGGUGACUAUAAUGAGGAGUACAGUGAUUAUGGAAGGGAGGAAGACGUUGAGGAGGACGAGGAGGCUUAUAUGGAGGAUGUGCCGCUGGGGCAGCGCAGGUCGCACUCUCUCCCCUCCACCGUCCCCUCCUCCUCUGAAGCUAGGGGCCGUGGUCGGGGUAGGGGUCGUGGCAGGGGCAGGGGAGGAGGUAGAGGGGGAGGAGGAGGGGAGAUGGGAGGAAGAGGAGUUGUGGGGAGUGGGGGGGGAGGAAAGAGGGAGACAGUGGGGGGAGGUGGCAGAGAGGCAAGGCAGGAUAUCGGUCGGGGAGAAUGGGGAGGGGGUGGAGGGUCAGGGUUGGCUGCUGAGGAAGAGUAUGCCGAGGAUGGUGGGGAUUACCAAGAGGACGAAUGUGAAGAGGAAGGAUAUUACGAGGAAGAUGGCGGCGGUGAUGAGGGCACUUUUUGAUACAUAGUUUAUUAUGUGUUGAAUGGCAUGCAGUGGCACAUGUUCUGUUUGUUUUGUUGGCCAUGCCUCUUGGUAGUCGCUUGUCGAACAUUUGGCGAUGUUACGCAUGCGGUCCAUGGUUUGGGAUGGGAGACAAAUAUUGAGAAUGGAGUGCAAAGAGUUUACGGCAACCAAUGGAGUGCUUUUUGGUUGUGUUGUGCAUAACA